CCUUUAGUGCGUCGAGGGCGUGGCGUCGGCUCAGGGCGCCUGAAGGAGACUUGGGACCUAUCAAGCCUUUCUUUUCUAGAGGUUUCGAGUCGCUCCACCAGCCGCUACCGGCGCUCCAUGAGGAAGAUGCUCGCCGCCGUCUCCCGCGUGUUGUUGGGCGUUGCCCAGAAGCCGGCAACCAGAGUGCUAGUGGCAUCACGUAAUUUUGCGAAUGAUGCUACUUUUGAAAUUAAGAAGUGUGACCUUCACCGGCUGGAUGAAGGCCCUCCCGUUACAACUGUGCUCACCAGAGAGGAUGGGCUCAAAUACUAUAGGAUGAUGCAGACUGUGCGCCGGAUGGAGUUAAAAGCUGAUCAGCUGUAUAAACAGAAAAUUAUUCGUGGUUUCUGUCACCUAUGUGAUGGUCAGGAAGCUUGCUGUGUGGGCCUCGAGGCUGGCAUAAACCCUACAGACCAUCUCAUCACAGCCUACCGGGCUCAUGGCUUCACCUUCACUCGGGGUCUUUCUGUUCGUGAAAUUCUCGCAGAGCUAACAGGACGAAGAGGAGGUUGUGCUAAAGGGAAAGGAGGAUCUAUGCACAUGUAUGCCAAGAACUUCUAUGGGGGCAAUGGCAUCGUUGGAGCUCAGGUACCCCUGGGAGCUGGGAUCGCCCUGGCCUGUAAGUAUAAUGGAAAAGAUGAAGUCUGUUUGACACUAUAUGGUGAUGGCGCUGCUAAUCAGGGUCAGAUAUUUGAAGCCUACAAUAUGGCAGCAUUAUGGAAAUUACCGUGUAUUUUCAUCUGUGAGAAUAACCGCUAUGGAAUGGGAACGUCUGUUGAGAGAGCAGCGGCCAGUACUGACUACUACAAGAGAGGAGACUUUAUCCCUGGGCUGAGGGUAGAUGGAAUGGAUAUCUUGUGUGUCCGAGAGGCCACAAAGUUUGCAGCCGCCUAUUGUAGAUCUGGGAAGGGACCUAUCCUGAUGGAGCUGCAGACUUACCGUUACCAUGGACACAGCAUGAGUGACCCUGGAGUCAGUUACCGUACACGAGAAGAAAUUCAGGAAGUAAGAAGUAAGAGUGACCCUAUUAUGCUUCUCAAGGAUAGAAUGGUCAACAGCAAUCUGGCCAGUGUCGAAGAACUAAAGGAAAUUGAUGUUGAAGUGAGGAAAGAAAUUGAGGAUGCCGCCCAGUUUGCCACCGCUGAUCCUGAGCCGCCUUUGGAGGAGCUCGGCUAUCACAUCUACAGCAGCGAUCCACCGUUUGAAGUGCGUGGGGCCAACCAGUGGAUCAAGUUUAAGUCAGUCAGUUAAUGGGAGACUGUAACCGAUGGGCUGUUUAUCUGCGACUGUAAGGAAAUCAGUAUUGUCAACUUUAAGGGAGACUAAUAAGGAAUAUAUCCAGAAAGAAAAUGAGCACCUAGGAGACUUCCAUUAUGACUAAAUAGCAUGUAAAUUAAAGGGAGAAUAAUGCAUGUCAGUUGUACAUUGUUGCAUUAGAGGAAGUUACUGAGUACUUAAAUAUUCUGUGUGACUAUUAUACUGUUGGAUUUGUUUGUAUAGGUCUAAAAUAAUUCUACCAAAUUAUACCCUGCCCCCUUUUCUGAGAUUGCUGUCUCCGCAGAGGCAUAAUGAGAUAAAGCCAUGGCCCACCUACAUAGGAUAGCAACCACUCCAUUAAUUUCUCCAUAGUAAGACACAAUAUUUAUUUUUAUAACAAAGUAAAAGUUGAAAAUAUUUACCAUUCAAAAAUAAGACAACAGUCAUUUCUAAUGCAAAAUAACUUAGUUCUGUCUCCAUUUGUACAGUCAACAUAGAAAUGACAUUAUUUUCACAAGUUACAUUUCCAUCACAUGUAAGUGCAAGGCACAUUUGUAUCAAUUUUACCUUUCAAAUCUAAGCACUAAACUGGUAAAUAACUUCUACCCUAGAACAGUGACACCUAGCCUGUUAUUUAACCACACUUUGGUUUAUCUUUCCAGCAAGUGCUUUAAGGUGUAUUGAUAAUGAAAUAAAAAUAAUGAAUGUAAUGAAAUGAAAUUGUUUUUUUUAAGAGUUUUCUAAUACUCUGGGAUAUCAAAACUAAGGCUCACUAUUCACAUUACAUACAGUUCUAUAAAUCUUUAAGACAUUUAUAAAUAACAGGUUGAAAACUUCAGUAAGAACAGUCUUUGAACAACAGUGGGUCUUCCAUUUUUUUCUUGUGUAAACUCCAAACCACAAACAUGUAUGGUAUUUGCCUGCUCUGUGCUCAGGCUUAGCUGUCAGUGAUUAAGCCUCAUCUGCAGUGGUUGAGGAUUUCUGAGCCUGUCUUCUGUGCUGGGAGACGGCAUGCCAAAUCCUACAGAGGACUCCACCACUGCAGAACAAACAAGAAUUAGCCAGGGAAAACUGAGUUUCAAAUCAACCAGUCCAAACAAUUCUACAGAAGUCAUGUGGCAAAAGGGAACGUAUAGCAUUCUAGAUUGGCCAUCUACUCAGAAUGCAGUCUUAAUCAGAAUUCCAGAUUUCAGAAGGAGGAGUAGGGUGUUGUAAAAUAAAUAUAGGAAACAAAUUUCAGGGAGCCAGGAGCGGGCACUUUUAUCUUGUACAUCAUUUUAAAGGUUAUUCACAGGAAAAAAUAUGCCAGCUGUUCCGUAGAUCUUACCGUAGUUUAAGGUAUCUUAAGUCUUCCUUAGUGAUAUCAUUAAGAAUAUGAGAAAGUGUAUAAUCCUCUUCAAUAAUCUGAAAUGGAGAUUGGAUAUGAUAUAUAAGAGAGAAAGCUUGUAAACAAUACCAUAAAAUUGUAUGUGGUUAUAAUUUUACCCUUUCAAUUGUAUUUGCAUCCACUCCUUGUAGUUGCAACCAGUCUAUAAGCUCCUUAUCUGUUCCUCGCCCCUGAGAGGGUUCUGGAUUCUCAGUGUUACCUGUAUUGAUGAAAAAUUUGUUUUGUUUUAACCUGUAGCCAUAAAAUGCUUCAAAUGUAAGGUUGUGAUGUGCAGAUGAAUUAAAUUAAACCUUUAUCAUUCAACUGUUUCAAUAAGUGUGGCACAAUUCAUAG